GUUUCCGGUGUUGAUCGCGAGCCACUAUGGUGGCCUCCUGGUUCCAUCCCGUUCUCGUCUAUUUUACCCCGAUUUGAGGAACAAUCGUGUUUUUAAAGGGGUUCAUGUUCCGUGCGGCUGAUCUAAAGAACCUCGGUAAAGCGGGAACCAGCUGGCACUUUGGCCGGACGAUGGACGAGCUGGUCCAUGACCUGGUGUCGGCGCUGGAGGAGAGCUCGGAGCAGGCCCGCGGCGGCGGCUGCGGUGCCAGUCUGGACCUCGCCUUGCCCGCCGGGCGCAUGCUCAAACGGCACGCCCGCAAGCGCCGCGGCAGGAAACGGCGCUCGGAGAACGGCCCCCGCGCCGCCCCGUGCCACACCCUGUCCCACACGAGCCACGCCUCCGACUCCAGCCUGGACGAGCACAGGGAGACGCGGCUGUCCUCCAGCUCCAACGCCAACGCCAACAACAGCGACUCGGACGAGCAGCUUGGCGCCAAGCGCGGCAAGCGGCCCCCGUGGCACGACGACGCCGCCGUGGUCGCCGACGCCAACCGGAGCCUCCGGAGGAGACGCAAGGUGAAGCGCAUGGCCAUCGACCCGCCGCCGGAGUUCUCGCCCAAAUCGGCCGGAGGGAGCAGGGACGAGGGGAAGGGGAUCGACGUGGCGACUAAGGGGAGGGUGAAGAAGAGGAAGCUGGCGCCGGCACACCGGCUGGCGCUGGACGCCGCGGACGAGGGCGUGGUCGUGGAGAGCGAGGAGGCGGGGCUUUCCGGGAAAGAGAAAAUGGACUUUGAGGAGCAGAAGUGUUCGGAUGAAGACAUGAGUGACAGGUGUGAAACCAGCAGUGUGAGUAACAGCAGUGAUGGAGGACUGUUCACCAACGAUGAAGGAAGACAAGCCGACGAUGAGCAAAGCGAUUGGUUCUAUGAGGGUGAGGCGGGCGGGGCUUGUGGCAUCGCGGGUGUAGUCCCAUGGUGGGACAGGGACUCUAACGAGCUGGACCUUAACGACCCGGUGUUCAACAGCAUCCUCACGGGGGCGUUUCCUCUUAUGUCGCAUGGAACGCAGCGAGGGUUUCAGGCCAGACUGGCUCGACAUGCUUCGCUGCAGCAGACUCAGGGCGUAUCUCAGGUAGCCGGAUGUGCUGAGAGAAUUCCCAGAUUGUCACAGGAUCCUCACACACACGAGCCGUGGUUCAGUCCCGGGUCCAGACGUGAACAGUGUCACUGGGAUUCGAGAUCGGACCGAGGCCACCGGCGAAGCUGCUCACUAAAGACCGCCAGCAGGCAGACAAGCGGCCAUCUUGGCUCACUGUGUACCGGAGACAUUAAGAGAAGACGCAAGGCCGCGCCCAUGGGAGCUCCGUUAUCCACAGGUGUGGUAGGAGAAGGAGCGCCGCCGAUCCCCGAGACCAACUUGGGGAACCGGAUGCUGCAGAACAUGGGCUGGUGCCCGGGAAUGGGCCUCGGGCCCGACGGGAGGGGCGUCACCGAGCCGAUCCGCUGCUCACAGAGACCCAAAGGCGCAGGUCUCGGCUUUAACUGACGAGACACGGAGACACGGACUCUGUUCUGAAGACGCCGCCUCCCCAGCAGGGGGCGGCCCUGAGGCCAGGGUGGACUAAGAGAGAACGGAAACGAGAGAAGGACUCUCGGAGAAGGACAGCAUUGAUUUUGCACAAAACACACACACACACACACACACACACACACACGGUGUCAUAUGUGUAGCAAGCUAAGGGACAAUGCUUUAACCAUCAACCUGUCACCACCUCAUGCCAUAAUCCUCCAGUCCCAAACAAGGAUUCCCUCCCAAAAAGAAAAACAAAAAAAAAGUGUCGCCAAUCGUGUAGACUUUUUAACCUGCCAAGACCACGGAUCUCCAAUGACUGCCCGCGCCAUUUUCCCAUCUGACUCGAUCUCUUGUUGCCAGAGUGCGUGUAUAAAAAUUGCAGAUCUGUCUUACUCUUUUUGUAUUUUUAUUUUUGAAAAAAACCCGUUUUUAUCCCCCUUGAUCCUCCCCACGGCCCAGCUCUCUUCUGAGUGAUUCUGUGGUUCCUCAGAAACAUGAGAAGCCCUCGUUCAUCGGGUCGACCCCCGCACCCUGACCUAACACGCCCUGAGAUAGACGUCUUCGUCUUCAACCUCACGGACUGAUUGACCAGACCGAGUGUCCCUCUCACUCAUGACCAUGCGUUCGUGAUGAUCGCGUGUUUUUUUUUUUUUUUUAUGAUUUAAAAAACGAUAGAUCACAACAAAAAUUAGGAAUUAGAUGUGCUUCAUCAGGGUUGCCAGAUUUUCAACCUUUAAACCCAGUGGUAAUAUUAAAAUAUGAAAACAGCCCAGUGCCAUUUUUUUUUCCUUCAAAUUCUUGUCAUUAGAAGUUGGAAACACUACCAAAUCUCAGGAUCUCAGGAUCAUCCCUUUAAUGUUUGUGGUUAAAAAAAACAAACACUUUUUUCCCCUUUACAUGAAUAUAAAACAUUCUCUGGAUGAAUCUCAAUUUUAAGCCUUUAUGUGAUUUAUAAUUUUUUUUGCGCAAGUGCAAAACUAAGUAUAAACCUUGGGGUGGAAAUACUUUUGUGGCAAAACUUACAAUGUACCUGGUAAAUUUAUUAUUAUUAUUACUACUGUGAUGUUUUUAUUUUAUUACAAACAAUUAUCCAUGUAAUUUUUUUUUUUGUCUGUCCAUCCAUGAAUAUGGCUGAAAAAAGAAUCGAGAUGCAUCAUACAUUUUUCCUUUUAUUAUUUUUGUCCCCACCUUUUUUAACUUGUUUGUUUUUGACCUGUUUGUUUUUGUUCAGCAGAACAAUCAGGACGAGUUUGCUUAAUUAAAAAUGUGUCCGUAUUUCCCCUGGUUUUCAUCCUGAUUGCUCUUUAAGCGCUCAACCGCGUGGAUGUGGAAGCGAUUCACUGUUUUUAGGCUUGAAGAGUCUCGAUCGCUGUAUUCGAGUAAAUCUUUCAGAUCAUGAAGGUGCUGAUUCGGGAUCAGUUUGUAUCCUGCGUACACUGCAUAUAUAAUACUGUUAUGUGAACAAGGGCACUGAUUGUAGAUCAGCUCCUAGUGAGGACGUGAUGGUAAUGUCACGACGUUCUGGUCCUACGCUCAUCUCUGAGGUUGCCGUAGAGAAAACGCCGGUGUAACAGUCGAGAUCUAGUCAGGAUGUCCGAAUGUUUUGUGGUGGUUGGAGGUUUGCUCAAACUUCACUACAGCUUCACCUGGGUUUUGUAAACACUUUGGUUUUGUAUUACAGACCAGAGCGCUGUUCUCAAUGUUGAAGUUGAAACAAAUAAAGCAAAGAAGCCCCUCGGGGAG